CACUUCCCAUAAUGCCACGUUCCGGAAGUUGUUGCUUUCUAAGGGUCACUCAUGUUUCAGGUUCUGUCGCUUUUCAAUCGUCACCGGGAGGAAGACAGAGCUGCCUGCCCAACCUCAAAGCUUCCUAGGGGAUGCAGUUAUGGACGUUAUCGCUGUGGAUUGUAUUUUGUGUCAUUAAGUCAUCCAUAAAGUACCAACAUGGGAAAGAAACGGACAAAGGGAAAAACUGUUCCAAUCGAUGAUUCUUCUGAAUCUUUAGAACCUGUGUGCAGACACAUAAGAAAAGGAUUAGAACAAGGUACUUUGAAAAGGGCUUUAGUGAACGUGGAAUGGAAUAUUUGCCAAGAUUGUAAGACAGACAAUAAAGUGAAAGAUAAAUCUGAAGAGGAAACAGAAGAAAACUGGUCCAUUUGGCUAUGUCUUAAAUGUGGCCAUCAGGGCUGUGGCAGAAAUUCUCAGGAGCAGCAUGCCUUGAAGCACUAUAAGAUACCACGAUCUGAACCUCACUGCCUUGUUCUUAAUUUGGACAACUGGAGUGUAUGGUGUUACAUGUGUGAUGAAGAGGUGCAGUAUUGUACUUCCAAUCGAUUGGGUCAGGUGGUUGAUUAUGUUAGAAAACAAGCUGGUAUUACAACUCCAAAAUCAGCCAAAGAUAAUGGGAGCAUUGAACUUGAAAAUAAAAAAUUAGAAAAAGAGAGUAAAAAUGAACAAGAGAAAGAGAAAAAGGAAAACAUGGCUAAAGAGAAUGGCUCCAUGAAUUCUAUUUCCCAAAUAACUGUGAAAGGACUCAGUAAUUUGGGAAAUACGUGCUUCUUCAAUGCAGUUAUGCAGAAUUUGUCACAAACUCCAGUACUUAGAGAACUACUAAAAGAAGUAAAAAUGUCUGGAACAAUUGUGAAAAUUGAGCCACCUGAUUUGGCACUAACAGAACCCUUAGAAAUAAAUCUUGAGCCUCCAGGACCUCUUACUUUGGCUAUGAGCCAGUUUCUUAACGAGAUGCAGGAGACCAAAAAGGGAAUUGUGACACCUAAAGAGCUCUUUUCUCAGGUCUGUAAAAAAGCUGUGCGGUUUAAAGGUUAUCAGCAGCAAGACAGCCAGGAACUUUUGCGCUAUUUAUUGGAUGGGAUGAGAGCUGAAGAAUACCAAAGAGUGAGCAAAGGAAUUUUUAAAGCAAUUGGUAAUAAUUCUAUGGAAAGAUUGGAUGAAGAACUAAAAAAUAAAGUAAAAGAUUACGAAAAGAAAAAGUCAGUACCAAGCUUUGUUGACCGGAUCUUUGGUGGUGAACUGACUAGUACAAUCAUGUGUGAUGAAUGCAGAACUGUCUCCUUGGUUCAUGAAUCUUUCCUUGAUUUGUCUCUCCCAGUUUUAGAUGAUCAGAAUGGCAAGAAAAGUAUAAAUGAUAAAAAUCUAAAAAAGACAAUGGAGAAUGAAGAUAAAGACAGCGAGGAAGAAAAAGAUAAUGACAGUUACAUAAAAGAGAGAAAUGAUAUUUCUUCAGGAACAAGUAAACACUUACAGAAAAAAGCAAAGAAGCAAGCCAAAAAACAAGCCAAGAACCAACGAAGACAACAAAAAAUCCAAGGGAAGGUCCUUCUUUUUAAUGAUAUGUGUACAGUUGACCAUCCUGAAGAUACUGAGUGCGAUGCUGAAAUGUCACUUGAAGAAAUGGAUGAUAAAUGCAACCAUAGCUCACAAGAGAAAGUUAUUGAUAAGGAAAAUUGUGUUAAUCAGAAAGAUUUGGAUGGCCAAGAAAAAAUGAUAGAAAAUGUAACUGACAAUCAAAAUUCCACAGAGAAAGUAGAUGUGAAAAAUGUCAACGUGGAUAAUGAUCUGGAGAUUUUGGCAUCUUCCCCCCCUGAAUGCACUAAGGAUUUAAAUGAUGUCUACCAAAAGGAAGGGUGUGAUGGAGAAGUGGACAUUUCCAGUGGUUUUAAAAAUCUUAGCUUGAAUGCUGCUCUGCAGCCUGAGGAAAUAAAUAUAGAGAUUCUGAAUGAUAGUCAUACUCCUGGGACAAAGAUCUAUGAGGUUGUAAAUGAAGAUCCAGAAACUGCUUUCUGUACUCUUGCCAAUAGGGAAGCUUUCAAUACUAACGAGUGGUCAAUUGAGCAUUGUUUAUAUCAGUUCACCCGUAAUGAGAAGCUUCGAGAUGCAAAUAAACUUCUUUGUGAAGUGUGCACACGGAGACAAUGUAGUGGAACCAAGGCAAAUAUAAAAGGUGAAAGGAAACACAUUUACACCAAUGCCAAAAAACAGAUGCUGAUUUCUCUUGUUCCUCCUGUUCUCACUCUUCAUUUAAAGAGGUUUCAGCAGGCUGGUUUUAACCUACGCAAAGUUAACAAACAUAUAAAAUUUCCAGAAAUCUUAGAUUUGGCUCCUUUUUGUACCCUUAAGUGUAAGAAUGUGGCUGAAGAAAAUACAAGGGUCCUAUAUUCCUUAUAUGGAGUUGUUGAACACAGUGGCACUAUGAGGUCUGGACAUUAUACUGCCUAUGCUAAGGCAAGAACUGCAAACACCCAUCUCUCUAAUCUUGUUCUUCAUGGUGAUAUUCCACAAGAUUUUGAAAUGGAAUCAACUAAAGGGCAAUGGUUUCACAUCAGCGAUACACAUGUGCAAGUUGUGCCUACAGCUAAAGUACUGAACUCACAAGCAUACCUCCUAUUUUAUGAGAGAAUACUGUAACAAUUUCAAAAAGUACUUUCUUCAGAAACAAAACAUGUUUAUGGCUUUUAUAAUGCUGUAAUAAUAAAAAACUAAGAGUAACUCUAAGUCACUUAAAACUAAGUACAUGCCAGAGAAAUCAUGUUUACUAAAACAUUAAAGGGAAAAUACCCAAAAAUUUACAGUGGUUUUCUUAUUGUUAUUAGUUGUUUUUACCCAUUUCCAGUUUCAGAAAUUCUGAAUUACUUAAGCUCUCUUGUGUUUAAUAUAUGGAUGAUGGGUCAAAACACAUUAAUAAAACUGACUUAUCCUA